UUGUAUUGUACCUGCCUUUCCAUCCUGUACUACCUAACAUUUAUCCUAUAAGGUUGUCUUGUGAGCCCUUUCCUUAUUUGAGUUGACGAGGAGCAUUUAAUUGGAUUUAACCAACUGUUGUUAGGUAAUGUUAAGUUAUGUCUAUACGUACCUACCUUACCUACCUGGUAUACAAGGUAGGAACUACUCAUAAUUGACUCAUAGGUACCUAAGGUAGUCAGCCCUUCAUUAAUAAACCUAACUCAAUUAACAGGUCAGGUACUAGGUAGACAAGUCUCUUUACACCUUCAACACUACAAUCUCUUAACUUGAUUGAAUCUCACCAUGAUAUAUGUAAAACCUUCUCAUAAUGAGUUACUCUAACCAAUUGAACGAUCAGAAGCAUUUUCGUGUUGCUGCCGCCGUUGACGAAGUCAUACAUAAUAAUAAUGCUCUUUCGGGAGAAGUAAUUGACAGCGCUCAGAGUCGGAAGUUGAAACGUAACCGAGAGGUGUAUGAAGAGAAUGACAACUCAUCUCUACCCACUGCACCAUCUUCUAGCCCCUUUCAAACCCUUAGAGUCACAAAAUCUAGCAUCGCAAAUAGCAGCAAUCCCUUGUCCAAGUUGCAGAAUAUACAGGCCCAACACAAUAGAGAGCAUCCGUAUACACCUAAUUCUAUCGACGCAUCCCUGAACCUGAGCCAUGGCAAUCCAGCUAGCACAGCAGUUGUCCGGCGAACCACCAGCCUAGCACAUCUCACUACAUUCACCGCAUUAAGUAGUAGUGCGCACCCCCGCAGCGGCGCUGGCAACGACCACAAAAUUCUAGGCAAACCCACAGUAUAUAACCUAAAUGCUGACGCCAGCGAGGAUUUCCAAGACGAAUAUCCCCUCGAUAGUGACUUGAUGGAGGAAGACAUGGCCUGUCUUCUCGAAACCUCCCUGUAUAGCGCCCAAGAGGCGCACAUGCCUCCUUCGAGCGUCACUCAGGCAUGGGACCAUGACUCGAGGUCGGCAGCUGAAUACGACCCGACUCUACAACACUCAUCUCCAAAAGAACUAGGUGUGCCUCAAAUGGUAGAUGCCGCUGAAACCCCUGAUAGCAACCAAGAUGACCUCCUCGAUGAAGAUGUCGAUUGGAAUGUUGUAUAUACUAUGACAAGCACAAUCUCGAAAGCCGCAUCGGGUGCUUACCGCCUCCAGAACGCAACUCAUCCUUGGCUACAAGAUCGAACAACCCAAGAGGGAGAAAUCGAUAAGUGCGAUGCUAAUAUCGCAGACACGAUGCCCCUAAAGCCAUUUGCGCGACCGCCGUUCCCUGAAAAGGUCCGUGAUCGUUCCGCCGUCUCGGAAUUGUCGCCGCGUAUGGUGUUGCGGACCUGCUUUCGCAUAGGAGAGUUAGUCAACCAGGCGAUAUAUUGUCUAAACCACCGACAGGAUGUAAUCUUUGAGCUAUUCGCAAGGGUAACGUAUUCAAGCCGGGAGAGUCUUCAGAGAAAUCAGCAUUUCCAGUUUGUUGACCUAUUUAAAGAUCAGCUCCCGUACCCCGUGGGGGUCCUCUCAAACUGGCGAGUAGACACGCAGCUGGAUCGUCAAAGUGCGGCGUUCCUAGGUACCAGCGCAGGACCCAGAUUAUGCCGCUGUAUGUGCAAACCUAGGAGAGAUCCAAAGACUGCAAUAGGCCUGACUCUUGUCAUUACUGCCAUCAAAAAGAUUGACUGGGUGGAUAUCAGAUUGGCAAAAAGGACCGUCUGCGGGAGAUCGGACGAUGCAGCCUGAGAUGUCGUCACACAAGAAAACUACGAGAAUAAAUAGUGGCCUGACAUAGGUGGGUAAAAGAGGUGCCAAUACCUGGGCUAAGUAUCUGUCGACUGGAAGCUUGCUAUGGAUGAUACAGGUGGAGAAGAGCUUUGAGCUUUGGGGGGAAUUUUCGUAAAGAAGGCCAAUCGUCUAACGGAUUUAAUGAUGGCUUUUAGUCGUAUGUAUACACAGCAGAGGGGUGCAUGAUCGCUAACAGUCAAAUUAAAUAGAAGGUGAGAUUGCUAGGUUACGUCCUGUAGGGCCAAUGAAUCGAUAUGCUUAACACGAUGCUACCGUGCGCU